CUCGCCCUAGUGCUCAAGGCUCCCGGGAACGGCCUCGCCCCGGCACCCUCUCCACCGGGGCCAGCACCGCAGCGCCCGCAGCGGCCUCUGCUGCGGGGGGCCGGGCGGCCGCCAGGGGGCAGGCGCGGCGCCACAAACAAUGGCCGCGCUCGGGGCGCGGGCGGCAGGCGGAACGGAGUUUUUGGAGCCGUGAGGGAUACAACAAUUUGGUCAAUAUUGUCUUAACAUGCUUCAAAUAAAUCAGCUUCUCUCCAAGAUAAAAUGGCAAACCCCAAAGAGAAAACUCCAAUGUGUCUGGUAAAUGAGUUAGCCCGUUUCAAUAGAGUCCAACCCCAGUAUAAACUUCUGAAUGAAAGAGGGCCUGCUCAUUCGAAGAUGUUCUCAGUACAGCUGAGUCUUGGUGACCAGACAUGGGAAUCAGAAGGGAGCAGUAUAAAGAAGGCCCAACAAGCUGUUGCUAAUAAAGCUUUGUCUGAAUCUACGCUUCCCAAACCAGUUCAGAAACCACCCAAAAGUAAUGUUAAUAAUAACCCAGGCAGUAUAACUCCAACUGUGGAAUUGAAUGGGCUUGCUAUGAAAAGGGGAGAGCCUGCCAUCUACAGGCCAUUAGACCCAAAGCCAUUCCCCAAUUAUAGAGCUAAUUACAACUUUCGGGGCAUGUACAAUCAAAGGUAUCAUUGCCCAAUGCCUAAGAUCUUUUAUGUUCAGCUGACUGUAGGAAAUAAUGAAUUUUUCGGAGAAGGAAAGACCCGACAAGCUGCUAGGCACAAUGCUGCAAUGAAAGCCCUUCAAGCGCUGCAGAAUGAACCUAUUCCAGAAAAAUCACCUCAGAAUGGAGAAUCAGGAAAAGAAAUGGACGAUGACAAAGAUGCAAAUAAAUCUGAGAUCAGCUUAGUGUUUGAAAUUGCUCUGAAGAGAAAUAUGCCUGUCAGUUUUGAGGUUAUUAAGGAAAGUGGACCACCACAUAUGAAAAGCUUUGUUACUCGGGUAUCAGUGGGAGAGUUCUCUGCAGAAGGAGAAGGAAAUAGCAAAAAGCUCUCCAAGAAGCGUGCUGCAACCACUGUUUUACAGGAGCUUAAAAAACUUCCACCUCUUCCUGUGGUUGAAAAGCCAAAACUAUUUUUUAAAAAACGCCCUAAAACAAUAGUAAAGGCUGGUCCAGAAUAUGGUCAAGGAAUGAACCCCAUUAGCCGCCUGGCUCAAAUUCAACAGGCCAAAAAGGAAAAGGAACCAGAUUAUGUUUUGCUUUCAGAAAGAGGAAUGCCUCGACGUCGAGAAUUUGUAAUGCAGGUCAAAGUAGGCAGUGAAGUUGCUACUGGAACAGGACCUAAUAAAAAGAUAGCCAAAAAAAAUGCCGCAGAAGCAAUGCUGUUACAACUUGGUUAUAAAGCAUCCACUAACCUUCAAGAGCAACUUGACAAGACAGGGGAAAACAAAGGAUGGAGUGGUCCAAAGGCUGGGUUUCCUGAACCAACAAAUAACACUCCCAAAGGAAUUCUUCAUUUGUCUCCUGAUGUUUAUCAAGAAAUGGAAGCCAGCCGCCACAAAGUAAUCUCUGGCACUACUCUAGGCUAUUUGUCACCCAAAGAUAUGAACCAACCUUCAAGCUCUUUCUUCAGUAUAUCUCCCACCUCGAAUAGUUCAGCUACAAUUGCCAGGGAACUCCUUAUGAAUGGAACAUCUCCUACAGCCGAAGCCAUAGGUUUAAAAGGAAGUUCUCCUACUCCCCCUUGUUCUCCAGUACAGCCUUCAAAACAGCUGGAAUAUUUAGCAAGGAUUCAAGGCUUUCAGGUAUGAAUUAAAAGCAAAAACGAAAAAACAAAAGCAUCUCAGCCCCAACUCCUUCCUCUCUAUCCAUCAGAAGGUUCAUUCUUGCCUUCUAGUGUGAUCUACAUGCCACUUACAUUGUAAAUUAUUAGGAACACAAAGGACAGAAAGAAGGGAGCCAUGCACAUGCCUCAUUUUUUCUUAUUUUUCACUCUAUCCAGUAAUUCCUUUGCGGCCUGAGUCUCCUCCAUUUUCCUUUUUCCUUCUCCUUUUUCUUUUUCUUCUUUUCCUUAACAUUUUCAUUCUCUGUUCUGGUCUGUCUUCUGGUUGAUAUUGAGAGGGUACAUCAUUCUCUCCUCUACAAACAAAAAUUCUGCCUUCAGGCAUUUGGUAUUAGUAUUUAGUACUUAGUCCCCCCCCCCCCCCUUUUAACAUUAGGUUUGAUUAUCUAAUGAUUACUUUCAUUGCAAUUUUGUACUUGGCAUUCCAUUGCCAGUAAAACUUCAGCUACAGCAUUAAGACAUGGAAUCCUAGAGGUCUGUUACCUGCGGAGUUAAUUAAGCAUGCUGUUAGAAUAAUGAAAUGUUUUCUAAUUGUUUGAGGCAUAAAAACAUGGAUUUGUUUUACUGGGUCACAUCUGGGCCAUCUAGAGUAGCAACUGCCUCAGAGGGUGCCAACAAUUCCAUUUCGCUGCAUAAUCUAGAACUAGCUUAUAGCCCACUUAGAGUGUUAUGUAUAUGAAUUUGGGAAUGGAAAGGUUUUUUUUUUUCCUAUUUAUUUGCUCCCUUUUCAGAAAAAGUAACAAUAACAACAACAGUAGCAACAACAACAAAACAGUCGUUUAUGGUUAGGCCAGAGCUUUUAAAAGAAUUGUUAAUUCCAGAAAGGUGAAACCCCUGUGUCCUGAUUUCUUAGUUGCCUUGAAAAUCAUGUUCUAAAACUGUAACCACUAACUUGACUGGAUAAACAGCAGUGUGCUAGUGUGUGUAGAAAGAGUGUACUGCUCCCUCAGAUUUCACUGUUUUCAUCCCUUUUUCCAUCUUAGACUUAUUCUUUAAGACCAAAAACUGUAAUUUCCUUUAGAAAUACUCUAGAAAAUCUGUAUUGUGUAGAAUGAUCGUGUGUUUAUAAAAAUUUUACAAGUUUAGAUUAUAAAAUAAGAAAGAAAAUCAUGUGUUUUGGGGCAUAUUUUGCAUGUUUUUUGUUUUCCUUCACAGAAACUGAUUCUUUCAACUCUAUUACCAGGUAGUUGUUAGUGUUUUAAAUUGGAAUAUUAAAUGUGAAAUUAAAGA